UUUAGCCUCACCCCACAUUAAAGCUAUAGCCUUCAGCUUGUGACCCUCUACGAGACCUCUCUUGCACUUUCGCCUUUCUAAACUAUACCUCGUUUCCUUUCCAAUACUGACAGCACCUUCGAUUACGCGACCAUGGCCGACUCUAAGCGACCUCAUGUCUUCUUCGACAUCUCCGUUGGCGGUAAAAACGUCGGACGCGUCGUCUUCGAAUUGUACAGCGACAUUGUUCCCAAAACUGCCGAAAACUUCCGCGCCCUAUGUACCGGCGAGAAAGGCACGGGCUCAGCCGGCAAGCCGCUCCACUACAAGGGCUCCUCGUUCCACCGCGUCAUCAAGGGCUUCAUGAUACAGGGCGGUGACUUUACACAGGGCAACGGGACUGGUGGAGAGAGCAUAUAUGGCGAGAAGUUUGAGGAUGAGAACUUCGAGAAGAUCCAUAGCAAGCCAUUUCUGUUAAGUAUGGCCAAUGCUGGGCCAGGUACCAACGGCUCCCAAUUCUUCGUCACGACCGUACCUACGCCACACUUGGACAAGAAGCACGUUGUCUUCGGCGAGGUCAUCAAUGGCAAGAGCAUUAUCAGAGAGAUUGAGAACCUCAAGACUCAGAGUGGUGACAAGCCAUUGCACGAUGCUACUAUCGUCGACUGUGGCGAGCUCACAGGCGAGGAUUACGACAAAGCUGUACAGAAGGUCACAGACGCCACCGGCGACCCAUACGAGGACUACCCCGAAGACCAGAAGUCUGCCGAAGAAGAGUGGGAAGGCGCUCAGAUCCUAAAGAUCGCAACUGAGCUCAAGGACAUGGGUAACGCAGCUUUCAAGAAGGGUGAUCUGAACCUUGGCCUCCAGAAGUACCAAAAGGCUAUUCGCUACCUACACGAGUACCCCGCGCCGCUAGACAACGACCCCAAGGAUCUCUGGCCACAACUCAGCGCCCUCAAGAUCUCCGUGUACUCUAACAGUGCCCUUCUGCAGAACAAGACCAACCAGCACGCCGAAGCUGCCGAGAGUGCGACAAAAGCUCUUGAGAUCGAGGGCAUUACGAACAAGGACAAGGCGAAAGCGUACUUCAGGCGCGGCCAGGCAAAGAUUGGGAAGAGGAAUGAGGAGGAUGCCCUAGCGGAUCUCAAUGAGGCCGCCAAGUAUGCACCGGGUGACGCGGCGAUUACGAGGGAGCUGGAAGGUGUGAAGAAGAGGGUGCAGGCGAGGAAGGAGAAAGAGAAGAAGGCGUUCAAGAACGCUUUCAACUUUGACUAAGCCUUGAAAGGAUGGUGCAGCGGGUGAUAUCAAGGAGCAUGUGUGGAACUGGACGAUGUGGGGUGAGAUAAGAGAACGAAAUCCGUAGUUGGAGUAGGAGGCAACGGCGGAGGAUUCUCAUCUUCAUCAGAUACAACAUUAAGAAACCAAUAAAAACAGUUCAUAUAUGAUACGGUCACUGCACCUGCAGGUUUAUAUUCAAGGGCAGUUUUUGGUUUUCUUCUCGAUGUGUCUGGUGGGAAAAGCAAAGGAUAAGAGACAUUAUUAGAAUUAUCCAGCUGUCUCACCUGAUAUAUAUAUCAAGGUUCAUGUGUCUGCAUUGACAUUAGUGUCUGCAU